CUACGAAGUCCCGCUGCCGAUCCCAGUAGUUCUUGGGAAAUGGAGUCCAAGCUGCCUCAAAGCUUAACGUCCCGAGUUACCUUGAGACUCCAUUCCCCAGCAGGCUCAGCGUGUAGCGUGCGCUAUGGAGCCGCAAGUCGCAGAGCUGAAGCAGAAGAUUGAGGACACGUUGUGCCCUUUUGGCUUUGAGGUUUACCCCUUCCAGGUGGCAUGGUACAACGCACUCCUGCCUCCAGCCUUCCACCUGCCCCUGCCAGGACCUACCCUGGCCUUCCUGGUACUCAGCACACCUGCCAUGUUUGACCGGGCCCUCAAGCCCUUCCUGCAGAGCUGCCACCUCCAACCACUGACUGACCCUGUGGACCAGUGUGUGGCCUACCACCUGGGCCGUGUUAGAGAGAGCCUCCCAGAGAUGCAAGUAGAAAUCAUCGCUGACUACGAGGUACACCCGAACCGGCGCCCCAAGAUUCUGGCCCAGACAGCAGCCCAUGUGGCAGGAGCAGCUUAUUACUACCAACGACAAGAUGUGGAGUCUGACCCCUGGGGAACCCAGCACAUAUCAGGUGUGUGCAUACAUCCCAGAUUUGGGGGCUGGUUUGCCAUCCGAGGCGUGGUGCUGCUGCGAGGAAUAGAGGUGCCGGAUCUGCCACCCACAAAGCCCCUCGACUGUGUACCUGCAAGAGCUGACCGGAUCACCCUGCUUGAACGCUUCAACUUCCAUUGGCGUGACUGGACUUACCGGGAUGCUGUGCCACCUCAGGAGUGCUACUCAGAAGAGCAGAAGGCCUACUUUUCCACUCCGCCUGCCCAACGCUUGGCCUUAUUGGGCUUGGCCCAGACCUCAGAGGAGCCUAGCUCUACAUCCCAAGAGCUUCACUUUACCACAUUCAUACCCAGGAAGCCUCAGAAUCCCAGCAGAGGCUGGCUCAGCCCCAGGGUCUCACCACCUGUAUCCCCUGGCCCUUGAUACCCUCCCCUCCCCUGUGGGAUCCUCAUUUAUGACAGUGGCACCUGCUGGAACUUAUUUGGCUAGACAAGGUUUUAUUGGGUACAAGAUGAUCAUUUAUGAUAAAGAAUUAUAAUAGAGAUCUUAAAUGAAGAUAACAGGGCUUAAAGAAGUUUGGUCAAAAGACCAAAGCAGAUCCAGACUUGCCACCUGCCUUAGAAUACGGGAUUAUUACCUGUUACCAUUUCUCUGCAGUGCUUCAAGAUGCUGCUGCUUGUUACAGGGCUUAAGAAGCAACUAUCCCCUAAAUAACGGUACCUGCCUCAGAGGGUUAUUAUGGAGACUGAAUAAAUAUGAAAUAGUGCCUGGCAUAUAAUAAGCUAUUAUUAAAGGCCCCAGGAAUCCUAUACUGCUGCUCACAGUUCUUGCUUGUCUGAAUAUUAGAGGGGUGGGUAGGCUGGGGUAGCCGUGUCUGGAAGGUGUCUAGAAGGACACCACAUGAUAUACAGAAGGAUUCUCAUUCCUGAAUCUGCCCUAGCCUCAAGAGCCCAGGAGGAAUCCACCUUUGCCCCACUGACAACCCUCCCUCAGGACAAUGAUAUGAGGAUAAGAACUACCCUUAAAUCAAGGACAGAAACCCAGGGAAGCCAAGAGGUGCUCAGCACUGUGCUUUUGACAUAGAAAGCCUACCCUAUGAACACCAGCGCUGUGUUUGUCUCCCCCUCCCCCUUUUAGUUCCAAAGGUACUGAAGCCUCUAACUCUGAUCUUUUUACAGAAUCAGUACCAGGCAUUUAUCAGAAGAGGCCAAGUUUCAGGUUUUCAUACAGCCCUCCCAGUAGUGUAAAAGUAAAUGUCAGUAAUCUCAUUGGGCUCUUUAACCUGCAACCCAGCCUACAGCAUAAAUUGCAGUGCCUUGGCCAGUAUUAUAGUAGGCCUUGCUCUUCUCCAGAUAUGGUGAAAUGAAACACCUUGCUUCGAGGUCCAUUCUCUGUAUCUACUUGCAUUUCCCCUCAAUAUAAUUUCCUGAU